AAAAGCAUACGAAAAACACUAUUUGUAUAUCCCUGUCUCGUCUCUGCGUCGGCGUCGCGUCAUCGUUUUCUCAGAUUCCUGGAAUCAUUCUCUUUCGAUACCAAUUCCCUCCCUUCCUUCAUUUCCGAUUCGAAAACCCUAGCUUCCAAUCAUGCCCAUGGAGAACGACAAUGACCACGCCGCCAACGUCGUCCUCACCGCCGAGCAAGCGAGCAAGGUUAACGACACUGCCGUACGGUUGCCGGAGAAUCUUCAGACCGGCGUCGUCUCAGAAUCCGGAGGUGGAAGCGAGAAAGGAGAGGAAGCGGUGGAGACGGCGGUGGAGGAGGAUGUGGAUGAGAGCGGAUCGAAUACGGUGGGAGAGCUACCUCCCCGAUCUUCCUCAGCGAGAGUUCCGUUCACUAAUCUAAGCCAGAUUGAUGCGGAUCUUGCUCUCGCUCGCACGCUCCAAGAACAGGAGCGGGCGUAUAUGAUGCUGGCGAUGAACAGUGAAGUCAGUGACUAUGGGAGCUGGGAAACUGGAAGCUAUGUAUACGAAGAUGAUGACGAGUACGAAACAGAUGAUGAUCCUCAGGGAGAUGCGCCAGAUGUUAAUGCUCAUGAAGAUGAAGGCAGGAUUGCUGACGAAGAAGAAGUUGGCUAUUCAGAUGAUGAAGCCUUUGCUAGAGCUAUUCAGGAAGCUGAGGAAAGGGAAAUGGCAGAUAGGUUGUCUGCCUUAACUGGGUUAGCAAAUCGGGUUGAAGAUCCGGAGGAGGAUGAUCAUACUUCUCAGGAUGCCUGGGAUGAGAUGGAUCCUGAUGAGCUUUCAUAUGAGGAGUUGCUUGCGCUUGGCGAUAUUGUGGGAACCGAGAGUAGAGGGCUGUCUGCUGAUACAAUUGCAUCUUUGCCUUCAAAAAGAUAUAAAGAUGGAGACAAUCAGAACGGAACCAAUGAAUCUUGUGUUAUAUGUCGUCUGGACUAUGAGGAUGACGAUGACUUGAUACUUCUUCCAUGCAAACAUUCUUACCACUCGGGGUGCAUAAAUAACUGGUUGAAGAUAAACAAGGAACACUUCUCAGCUUGUUGAAAUUGGAUUACUCUCAAAGACUAACAACCCGAAACUAAUACAUUAUUCUUCAGAGUUGCCCGGUAUGCAGCGCAGAAGUUUCAACUUCCACAGCUGGACAAAGCUAAUGAGAGCAAAGGACGAGGUUUCCAGGGAAAAAAAAACUUGUAAGCUAAGAACUUUGUCACUUUAGCUGUCUGUUUGUACACUAUAUAAACAAAAGCAUCAUCAGAUUUGCUUGGAUCCUUUAAACAAUCUCAUAAAUUGAAACUUUCUAAAAAGUUUUUGAUUCUA